GAAAAGAAGGCAAGCUGGUAUUUUGUUCGCGAUUAAAACUCUAAUUGAGGAAAUUUGAAAAUAAGUUGAAAAUUUGAUUUUUUGUAGGAAAAUACGAUUGUUGGUGUUAUAAUCGUUUAUUAAAAUAAGUUUAUAAGCAAUCUUAUGUGAUCAGAUGUGUCGCUGAGUAAAGGUUAGGUGCACGGUGUACAUAGAACGGCAAUCAUGAAUGAAGUAUUGAAUAAUAAUUUCAAGGAGUUAUACCCAGAGUUAGAAACGACUAUUAAAAAUGCAUCUUUUAUUGCCUUCGAUGCAGAAUUUACGGGAAUACAAUCAGACGACUAUUUUAAAUAUAGCCUUUUUGAUUCGCUUCAUAUUCGGUAUACAAAUUUGAAGGAAAACAUUGAGUCGUUCGUUAUAGUCCAAUAUGGCAUUGCUGCGUUUCAACAUAUCCCUGAUAUAAAUAGUUAUGCAGUAAAAUGUUACAAUUUUUAUUUAAUACCAAGAUCCUUACCAUUAAAAAAUAGGCAAUUUACAUGGCAAGUGUCUGCUUUGGAAUUUCUCUCCACAAAUAACUUUGACUUUAAUAAAUUUGCAGAUGGAGUAUCGUAUCUUGACGAAAUAGAUGAAACACGAAUGAAAAAUUUGUUGAAGGAAGGUAAAUUAGCCUGUAAUAUGCAACAUUUAACAUACCAAGAGGAAGAUAUCUUUAAAGACUGUAAAAAUACAGUUUCUAAAUGGUUGCAAACUAAACCACAUGAAAUCUCAUUCGAGUUAAAAAUGAUUUCGCCUACUUUACAAUAUAUGGUACAUAAAGAAUUGAGAAACAAUUUUGAAAAUAUUUGGACAGUGUCGAAACAUAAUGCAGUAGUAGUUAUAAGAGUAUCAGUUGACAUGCACUAUGUUUUAGAAAAAGAACAUGGCGAUGAUUUAGAAAAUGAAUUGUUAGAUUCUUAUGUAGGAUUUUGUAAAGUAUUUAAACUCUUAACUACUACUAAAAAACCAAUGAUAGGACAUAAUAUACUUCUGGACUUAAUGUUCAUACAUCAACAAUUUUAUAGACCAUUGCCAAAUGAAUAUAUACAAUUCAAAAAGAAUAUUCAUGCAUUGUUUCCACAAAUAUAUGACACAAAAUUGUUGAGUUUUGAAUUUAAGAAAUUAUUUGAGAAAGAAGUAACUUGGAAAAUAAAUUCACUGACUUCGAUAUAUGAAUAUUUUAAGACAGAUCAGGGGCGAUUUUUAGCAUUUAAUUCGCCAAAUAUUAAAUUAGAGGAUGCACCAUUAAAAGUGAAAAAUAACCACGUUGCAGGAUGGGAUGCAUACUUUACUGGGUAUAUUUUUAUAAAGAUGGCGCACAUUUUUAGUAUAAAAAAAUAUGGAGAGGGUUUAGAAGAAAGGCCAAUAACACAUUUUGAACUAAUGAAUGGCGUAAAACAUUUUGUAAACACCAUAAAUAUAACUAGAGGCAACUACGUAUGUUUGAAACUUGAUGGAAAAGACCCAGUGUCAACGAGACCAGAAUGGCUUCAUGUGAGGUUGAAGACGCCAUCUUUAAAUAUAAAAGAGAUAACUGACAGGUUUUCGUCUUUCGGACAUGUGGAUGUGAUGCCUUUUGCCCGGAAACGUGUCUUAUUGGCUGUCGCGAACCAUAGAAGCGCGCUGGAUAUAUUGAACCAUUUUAAGAACAACAAGGAAUUACAAGUGGCGCGAUACAACCCUAUAAAGCACGCUCCUACGAGUAUUAUCAUUUUAUGGGGCGGGGUCGUCAUCUCCGGUGGGAUAUUUGCCUGGGUGAUACAUGACAUGCUCAAGAACACAACUACAUUCAAUUAGCCGGAUAGCGUCGUCGCGACGCUAUUUAUCUGAGACGUCGCGUCGCAGUAUAAUAAGAAAUGACGAAUUUCGAAUUACUUACUCGCCGUCGAACGUUUCUAGUAUCGAUUAUGUGCGUCACGGAGAUAGAGAUAGAUGACGAAAGAGGGAGAAAAAUACUUUGGGAGCGACGAUGACGUAUCGGCGCCGAGAUGGCGAAACAAACCUCUUCAUUCUAUCCGACGACUGUUGUAACAUAAUUUUCAUUCAAGCGUGCAGUUGAGAGAACGGAGAAACGGUAAAAAGGAAAUAUGAACAUUGAUAAAGAAAAACAAGCUUUCAGUUUCCAAAACGCCUGCGUGACACCCCUUUCUACAACCGUUUGUUGCGUUCCUUCGCGAAUACCGGACCACCGAGGGGUCUAUUUCAAUUCUCGAUCGAGAAAUCAUGAGUGGGAUCUCUUCGCGCGAGCUGUUAUUAUUAUUUCUACUCGUUCGAGCCCCGAACGCUCAGAGUCGGGCCAGAGCUGGUUUCGUCGAGGAAGUGUUCCGCGUUGCCAAACGCCGUUACUCCGUGAAAAAUCCAAUUAUCCCUGCCCCGCCACGCACACACGUCCAUCUAUCAUAUCUUUUUUUCCACGUACAUACGUUCCGGCUUUCGUCGACCACGUCACGGUUCGUCCCGUGCCAAAUAACACGAGACGUCCCGUGACGUCACCGGGGCGUCGCGAAUUCCUCGGACACUUUCACGUGUUGUUGAGACGCGACGGAAGUGCACAGUGUCUUUUAACCCUUUUGCACUAUUUUCAUGAAAAU